CACAAGAUAAAAAUAUCACAUGAAAAGGCCUGGGGAAGAAAAAAAUCAUUGAAAAAGACAUUCUAGUUCAUACUGACAAUUUAUAAUUAGGGGGCCACUUGCCCACCAACUCUGAUAAAUAAAUUAAUUGAUGAUUCAUAGAAAAUGAAUUGUUGACCCAUCUUCUCACACGUAUUACAAGUUACAAAGGCCUACUUCCAUAUGCAUCAACCAAGAGGCUUUUUCUUGAGGGUUUUCAGUCAAACUUGCAAUUUUAAUGAAUCUGUAACCUCACUGUUCAAGCUCAUCCAUUUCCUUUAUGGCUCCUCUUCCAUCAUCAUCAUCAUCUUCUUCUUCUAAGAGAUGGAAAUUCGAUGUAUUUCUCAGUUUUAAAGGUGAGGAUACCCGCAAAACAUUUAUAGACCAUCUAUAUACUGGUUUGAAACAAAAAGGCAUAUCUGUUUUUAAGGAUGAUGAAAAACUCAAGCAGGGAACAUUCAUUGCCCUAGAACUCUUGAAAGUUAUAGAAGAGUCGAAGUUUGCAGUCGUUAUUCUAUCAAAAGACUACGCUUCUUCAACUUGGUGCUUGAUUGAACUAACAAAGAUCGUUGAGUGCAUGGAAAUGACGGGAUUGGUAGUUCUACCUGUUUUUCACUAUGUAGAUCCUAGUGAUGUGCGGAAUCAUAGGGGGAAUUUUGGAAAAGCAUUUUCAAAACAUGAAGAGAGGUUCAAGGACAACAUAGGAUAUGUACAAACGUGGAAAGCUGCUCUGACAAAAGUUGCUAAUCUUGCUGGAUGGGACUUGAAGGAUAAGCAUGAAUCAAUAAUUAUACAAAAAAUCAUUGGAAGGAUAUUUAGUGAGUUGUAUCACAAACUCCCAUAUGUUUUUGAGGACCUUGUUGGAAUGGACUCCUGUGUGGAGAAAAUGUUGGAUUCAUAUAUAGGUGAAGGGUUGGGUGGUGUUCACUUUGUUGGGAUAUGCGGGAUGGGUGGAAUGGGCAAAACAACCCUUGCACUUGAAAUUUAUAGAAGAAUUUCAGGUAACUUUGAAGCUAGAAGCUUUAUUGCGAAUAUUAGAGAAGAAACUAAAAAUCAAGGUCUAGUUUCUUUACAAAAGCAACUUCUUUCUAAGAUCCUCAUGGAAAGUGAAAUAAAUAUAUGGGAUGUUUGUGUGGGAAUCAAUGUUAUAAGGAAUACACUAAAUAAUAAAAAAGUUUUUAUUAUUCUUGAUGAUGUGGAUGGAGAAGAUCAAUUAGAAGCAUUGGCAGGGAAGCAUGAUUGGUUUGGUCCUGGAAGUAGAAUCAUUGUAACAAGCAGAGAUAAUCAUUUAUUGAUAAGAUGUGGUGUGGAUUACAUAUAUACAGUCAAUGAAUUGAAUGACGAUGAUGCUUUGCAGCUUUUUAGUUGGAGAGCUUUUCAUAAACCUCAUCCAGAAGAAAAUUAUGUGAAAUUGUCUAAGGAAUUUGUGAAUUAUGCUAAAGGCCUUCCUUUAGCUCUUAAAGUUUUAGGUUCUUCAUUGUUUGCUAAAAGAAAGAAUGAAUGGAAAAGUGCCCUAGAUAAACUAAACAAAGAAUCUAAUAGAAACAUUUUGGAUAUACUUCAAAUAAGCUUUGAUGGGUUAGCAAAUACACAGAAAGGAUUAUUUUUAGAUAUUGCAUGUUUUUUCAAAGGGGAGAACAUAGAUUGUUUAAGAGAUAUAUUGGAAAGUUUUUGCUAUUAUCCAGACUACAAUAUUAGUGUUCUUAAGGACAAAUCUCUCAUAACUAUUGAUGACCACAGAACUCUGUGGAUGCAUGAUUUGCUACAAGAUAUGAGUCAAGAAAUCGUUCAUCGUGAAUCUCCUAAAGAGCUUGGUGGACGUAGUAGGUUGUGGAUUUAUGAUGAUGUCAUUCAUGUAUUGAAGAAUAAUAUUGGAACAGAGGUAGUUGAAGGCAUAAUGCUAAACAUACCUAUUCAAAAAGUGGAACACCUGAGUGCUGAAGCCUUCUCAAAGAUGAAAAAUUUGAGAUUGCUUAAAAUUAGUAGUGAGAAACUUCCAGAAGACUUCAUAAAUGGUACUAUGCAACUUCCAAAAGACCUCAUUAGAGGUAAGGUGCAACUUCCACAAAGCCUCAAUUAUCUUUCUAAUGAGUUAUGUCUUCUUGAAUGGCAUGGGUAUCAUUUAAAAUGUUUACCAACCAAUUUCCAACUAAACAAACUUGUUGAAUUGAGAAUGCAUUGUAGUGGCAUCAAACAACUAUGGAACGGAAACAUGAAUUUAGGCGAGUUAAGACUCAUUGACCUAAGUGACUCUCAAAACUUGAUUGAGAUACCAGACCUUAGUGGAGCCCUGAGGCUAAAGCAAUUGAUUUUUCGACAUUGUACAAGACUAUAUAAGAUUCAUGCAUCUAUAGAAGAUCUCAAACAACUUAUUUGAUUGGAUUUGAAUGGUUGCAAAUGUCUUGAAAGCCUUCCUCACAAGAUCAGCUUGGAAGCACUUGAAAUUUUCGAUCUUGGUGGUUGUUCAAGACUAAAGAAGUUUCCAGAAAUUGUAGGAAAUAUGUCACGUUUGUCAAAACUUUGUUUGAGUGGGACAACUAUAAAAGAUCUACCAUUAUCAGUGGAGCAUUUAAUUGGCCUUAUUGAAUUGGAUCUAAGAGACUGUAAAAACCUUUCAAGUCUUUCGAAUGCAUGUUGUUGUUUGAUGUCUCUAAAAAUUCUCACUUUAUCUGGCUGCUCAAAACUUGAUGAAUUACCAGAGAAUUUGGGUAAUAUCGAAGGCUUCCACUUGUUAAGUUGA